AUGUCAAGCACGACAGACCUUCGCAUGAGAAUCUCUGAUCUAGACUCUGUCCCUGCUAUGGACGCCUAUACUAUCAGCAGCAACGCCGCUCAAGCAGCAUCACCCCUGGAUGAAGCAGUGAUAAUACCACCACCAAGAAGCAGCGAGCGCAUUAAUCGGAGAACUGUGGGUUCAGAAAGUUUAUGCCCAAGUAUUCAAUCUGGUCCAAACCCUCUAAAAGGUGACUUGAGAGGACCAACAUCAGUCAAGUCCUGCCACGCCACGCUCGAGACACCUACGACUCUAAUAAAUGACGGAACUCGAUUCACGAUGUGUCAUGCACGUGCACGAUCAGAUGGAAUCCCAAGUGUGCAUCAAACACAGGAAGCUCCACCUAUCAGCAAACCAAAUGACAGGCCAGCACCACCACAUAUUUUCACAAACUACGGUCAUGGCGAGAACAUCGAAGACCACUCUGCGCACGGCUUGUAUGGUUCCUCCUCGUCCACCAUCAACUCAACGCAGCACAUGAUUCGAAAACCUCUGGCCCCCGCACCCCUUACUCCUUCACCGCUCUCGAUCGUCAAGCAGCCAGCGCCAAAGUGCAGGUCUGCCACCCGCGAAAUCAGCCUUGUGGCAACAGUCUGCCUCGCCCACUUUUUAACCCAGGCGGGUCUUUCCCAGACCAUCGCGCCACUUCCCAUCAUUACAAGCAGUUUUACAACCACAACACACAAGCCAUCUCCUGCGUGGUACAGCGCCGCUUACUCUCUCACCGUCGGAACAUUUAUUCUUCCAUCCGGACGUCUUGGCGACAUUUACGGCCCCAAGCGGCUCUUCCUUAUUGGCUGGCUCUGGUUUGCCCUUUCGUCUUUGGGUGCGGGCCUCUACCCCAGAAUCCGGGCAGUUGGCGGCGAGCAGGGCAGCGGCGAUGGAGGGGAGAUCUUCUUCUGCUUUUGCAGGGCUCUUCAAGGCAUCGGGCCCGCCCUUCUGAUGCCAAAUGGCCUUGCAAUUCUCGGACGCACCUACGAUGAUGGAAACAAGAAAAACAUGGCGUUUGCAAUGUUCGGUGCCAGUGCACCAGUUGGGUUUGUAAUCGGUUCAGUCAUGUCAAGCUUGCUGGCACAGAAGACGAACUGGUGCUGGGCAUUUUGGGGCCUUGCGAUUGCAUGUACAGUCAUGGCGGUUAUUUCCAUUCCGAUCGUUCCAUACCUACCCGGCACCAUUGCCUCUGCCGCUCCCAAGGACGACUCGGAGAGUCUUGAGAACGGAAGUACAAUGAAGACCCCACUCUGGAAACAACUCGACACCCCCGGCACCCUCUUAGGCAUCACGAGCCUAAUCCUCAUCAAUUUCGCAAUCAAUCAAGCCGCCCUCGUGCAGUGGUCAACACCCUACACCUACUUCCUCCUGCUGCUGGGCUUGGUUAUCCUCUCCAUCUUCCUCUUCAUCGAAUUCACCCCUUCCUUAACUCCGCACCCUCUAAUCCCGCGCGACCUCCUCUCCCUCGACACCUGCUUCGUCCUCGCCUGCAUCGCGUGCGGCUGGGCCACCUUCAGCAUCUGGAUCUUCUACAUCUGGGAAUUCCUCGAGCGGGUCAGAAACCUUACUCCGUUGCUUGCAGCCGCGCAGUUCUCCCCCGCAGCAAUCUCCGGCCUCCUCGCGGCACUGAGCACCGGCUUCUUGCUCUCCAAGACAACGCCACAGGUUAUCAUGGUGCUGUCCAUGUUCGCGUUCCUGAUCGGUACGACGCUCAUCGCCACUACUCCGGUCAAGCAGAUCUACUGGGCGCAAGUCUUUGUGUCGGUGGUUGUCAUGCCCUGGGGUAUGGAUAUGUCGUUCCCCUCGGCGACGAUCCUGUUGAGCAGUAAGGUGGGCAAGGAGAAUCAAGGCGUGGCGAUGAGUUUGGUGAACACGGUGGUGAAUUAUUCGAUCAGUGUCGGGCUAGGUCUGGCGGGGACGGUGCAGAUGAAGGUUGAUCAUGGGGAUGCGACGCGGCUUUUGGACGGGUUCAGGGCGGCGUGGUAUUUUGGGAUCGGUCUGAGUGGGUGCGGGGUCCUGAUUGCGGGUGCGUUUUUGGGGGUUGGAUGGUGGAAGGGUAGGAGGGGUGGAGUGUUGAGCGGAGAGAAAGAGGGUUCUAACGGUGUGUAG